CCACUCCACCUGGCACGGCAGAAAUCACCAACCAGGAGUCAGAGGACAAAGUCCUAUCACACAGGAGAGGAAGUGAGGUAAGUCUGCAAAGACUGGGCAGAAAGAAAGGUCCAGUGUGCAUGGAAGCCCCACUCGGAGCUGAUCUGCCAUGGAUGCCCUGGUUCGACUCCUGCAGCUGCUGUUACUGCUCCUGACCCUCCCUCUGCACCUGUUGGUCUUGCUGGGCUUCUGGCAGCCCCUGUGCAAAACCUUCUUCCCCUACCUGAUGGCCGUGCUGACUGCCAAGAGCAACCAAAAAAUGAAGGAGAAGAAGCAGGAACUCUUCGGCCAGAUCAAGGUCCUUGCGGAGGCCUCUGGGGAUGUGUCCCUGCUGGAGCUGGGCUGUGGCACCGGGGCCAACUUCCAGUUCUACCCACCCGGCUGCCGGAUCACCUGCCUCGACCCAAAUCCCCACUUUGAGAAGUUCCUGGCGAAGAGCAUGUCUGAGAAUGAGCACCUCAAAUAUGAGCAGUUCGUGGAGGCUCCCGGAGAGGACAUGAGACAACUGGCUGAUGGUUCCAUGGAUGCGGUGGUCUGCACCCUGGUGCUGUGUUCUGUGCAGAGUCCAAAGAAGGUCCUGCAGGAGGUCCAGAGAGUGCUGCGGCCGGGAGGAAUCUUCUUUUUCUGGGAGCACGUGGCUGAGCCGCGUGGAAGCUGGGCCUUCAUGUGGCAGCGAGUGGUGGAGCCCACCUGGAAGCACAUUGCGGACGGCUGCUACCUCACCCGAGAGACCUGGAAGGAUCUGGAGAGCUGCCAGUUCUCGAAGCUGCAAAUAACGCGACAACCCCCUCCCUUCAAGUGGGCACCUAUAGGGCCCCACAUCAUGGGAAUGGCUGUAAAAUAACCCUUCCCCAGGCCCCCAAGGUGGCCACUCACUCCAUCCCAUCCUCAGCCCCAUCCGAACAAUCGCACCCACUGGCCAAGUCUUAAUGUGCAGAUCGUGGCAGACAAAAGACCGCCCCCUAAUUCCUCUCUCUCCCGCCUCUGCCAGUGGGAAUCUCCAACUCACUUCCUCCUACAGUGAAAAAGCUCGACUCCCACGCUGUCUGGAGAGAGAGGGAAGGAGUGGGGACAGAGGUAGGGACCCUGUCUGAUCCUUAACUGCCCAUUUCUGGGCUGGGUCUACCAACAUUUGCACACCUGCCUCCUGGGUCUGCCUUCCAUCUCCCUUCUUUCAUGGAACAUGCCUCCCCUCCUUCAACCGUCACACCCAUGCGCCUCUAGGAACUGGUCCCAAGAGGCACGCUAUGUACACCCCAGCCAGGCCCCCUGACCCCUCCUCCCCACGAGUACCUGUGUCUGAGUCAAGGGGGUGUCAGAGAACCAGGCCUCUGCUGGACAUCCAGGACGAAGGAGUGGGACUCAGAAAGAAGUCAAAGUCUUUUGUCCUCAAAUGUUUUUUAAUAAAUA